GAUCUCUAAAGUUCAGACACGGAACGAAGAGUGUAGUUUACCUAAUGGCUUGUGUCCAUUAAAGCAAUAAUGGCACCGAAACAAAUGAUUAUUGGGAAUUUGUGUUUGUGUAAGCAAGUUGGCAUCCGAAAAAAUGGCUAAAGCCAGCGGCGCUAAGAAAAGUUAUUCCUCGUGGAUAUCAAACAAAAACAAAGUUCAUGUGGCGAAAACACCCGUGACGACCAAAGCAGUAACCUUACAAGAUUCGUUGAGACCAAUUUUGAUAAUCGGGCAAGCAUUCGGCUUAUUUCCAGUUAUCGGAUUGUACAGCAAGCACGAAGCUAACUUGAGGUUUUACUGGAUUUCCUGGAAGUGCCUUUAUUCAAUAAUACUAUUGAGCGGACAAAUAUGGAUGUGCAUAAUGUGUUUUAAUAAAAUGUUUCGCUUGGAAACUACAUUGCAGACUACAUCGCCAGCUAUCUUUUAUGGAACUACGUGUAUAUAUAUAGCUCUGUUUCUACAAGUAUCUUUAAAAUGGCCUAAAUUAGUCAAGCACGCAAUUCAAACAGAAGAUCUAGAUCCCAAUUUUGAUACAAGUUUAACAUUAAAAUGUUACAUGACUUGCGCCGUUGUUCUUCUCCUAGCCAUAUUAGAACAUAUUCUUUCUCUGCUGUAUGCAUUGAGUGAAGCCAUAGCGUGUUAUUCACAUACACAUACUAGUACGUACGAAGGAUUUGUGAGAGUAAAUUAUCCUUGGGUAUACAAGUUUAUGCCAUAUUCCAUUCCACUGGGCAUGAUAACGCAGGUAAGUUAUCAAAAUGAUAGACGGACACAAAUCAUUUCCAUAUUUAAUGGUAAGCUGCAAAUUCAUGAGUUUAACGUACCUGAUCUUUUUCAGUUACUGCAUUUCCAAGCAACGUUUAUUUGGAACUUCUCUGAUCUAUUUGUAAUUUGUACGAGUUAUUACCUAACUUCACGCCUGGAUAAUGUCAAUGGAAAGUUACUAAUAGCACAAGGCAAGUACUUGCCGGCAUCAUUCUGGCGAAGCGCGCGCGAGGAGUAUAGCCGCGUGACGCAGCUUGUACGGAAAGUUGACGAUGUCAUUAGUGGAAUAGUCUUCAUAUCUUUCGCAAACAACCUAUUCUUCGUGUGUUUACAACUGUUCAAUACAUUAGAAAACGGAAUAAAAGAUACUGGAGCCUGCCAUGCUAGUCGUCUCAAAGGGACGACCCUAUUUGCCGGUUACGAGGGUCCCGCGUAUUUCAUCUUCUCUCUCGUGUACCUCAUCAGUCGGUCUGUGGCGGUUUCACUGAUCGCAUCGCAAGUAAACAGCGCAUCUUUGCUGCCUGCUCGAGUUUUAUAUGAUGUCCCGUCACCGGUGUACUGCAUCGAGGUUCAAAGAUUCAUUGAUCAAGUUAAUGGAGACAAUGUGGCAUUAAGCGGACUGCAGUUCUUUACUGUCACUCGCGAGUUGCUAUUAACGGUUGCUGGAACAAUAGUCACAUAUGAGCUAGUAAUGUUGCAGCUUACACCUUCAGCUCAAGUACCUACGGCUAAUGGGACUAUGACAUAGAAAAUAUGUGCAGACUAAUAUUUUUUAUUUAAAUAUUAACUACCCACCUACCA